AUGCAUCGUAUCAAAGAGUAUCACGUAAAAUUCUCCUUCCCAGACACGGAUAAAUUGGCGCCACCAAUCCUUGGAUUACAUAACGUGACAUUUGGAUAUGGCAACAAUAUCUUGUUCAAAGAUUUGGAUUUUGGUGUGGAUAUGGACUCUCGUAUUGCGAUAGUCGGCGCGAAUGGAGUUGGAAAAUCAACCUUGUUGAAACUAUUAGUCGGAAAAAUACAACCGACAGAGGGCGAGCUUACGAAACAUCGGCAAGUGAAGAUUGGAUGGUUCGAUCAGCAUGCAAAUGAAGUGUUGAAUGGUGAACAAACCCCGAUCGAGUAUUUGAGUACGAAAUUCAAUAUUGACUACCAGCUUGCGCGGAAGAAUCUUGGAACGGUUGGUCUUGCUGGGCAUGCACAUACCGUCAAGAUAAAAGACCUGUCAGGUGGACAGAAGUCUCGAGUUGCCCUCGCUGAGCUAGCCUUAGGAGAACCGGAUAUGCUGAUACUUAACAUUUUUUGUUUAUUUUUGGCCUUGUUCGAUAUCGCUAUCUUCCUAUGCACUAUUCACAAUUUUAUUAGCUUUAUCUGGGCACUUUUUGACUUCUCUCAUUUAUAUGACGAGAGGUGUUCUAUAGGCUAA